UAAUUUUUUGGGCGGGUAAACUGCUAUAUUUUUAAUGAUUCUACACAGAGAUGGAAAAUCCCAGUUGGACCAAACGGACUCUUGGGAAACAGAAGGGACUUUUGUGCAAAGGAUAGCUUGAUUUAGACCUGAUGCCAUCCAAAUAUGGGGAAAUCAGAGGUACCGGUAGUAAGGAAGGAUUUUCCCAAUGGAUUGUAUCCUUAUCUUGGAGAUAUUUCAGAGGGAGAUUAUCUCCAGCCUUUCAAAGUCCCUUCUUAAUACGUUCUGCAAGAAAAUUUGGCUCCGGGUCUUCAUUUCCCAUCUUCCAGAUGCUUUCUUCCUCCCUGAUCCCAUCUUAUCUUUUUCUUGCUCAUAGUCUUGGUUUAUAAACGGGCACUCAUGGCCGGCAGUGAAGGAUUUGCGGCCGUCUUCUACAGCGAGCCCUCUGUCCUCGGCCUCCUGGCCAACGUGGCCAGCGCCUUCCUGGUCUGCCUCCAGAACUUUGCCUCUUUUCACAGCAAUGUCCAGCCCUCGGGAGUGGAGAACAUCCUGGCAGGAAUCCACCUCAUCCUGAUCGGAGGGCUCUCUCAGCUCUUGGCCGGACUCCUCACCUUCCGGAAGUAUGACCACAUGGGAGGCACGGCUUUCCUGGCCUUUGCAGGUCUAUGGAGCAGCUUUGGGGCCACACGCAUCAUUGGGGGGGCUUACUCCUCCCCAGAGAAUGGGACCCUCAGUCCAAACAGCUCCUCCUUCCUCUCUUCCCUUGGUCCAUCCCAUUCCUCCAUUCCCGAAAGUGCUACAGCCGGGCUGGUGGCCUACAUCUUCAUCUCGGCCAUUCUCUCCUUCUGCUCGGCCACCGUGAACUACAUCAUGCCCUUUGUCUUCGGGGCCAUCACGCUGGCACUGGUGUUUGAAGCCGUGGGGCUCUUUGCGCAGUGGGCUCUGGUGGUCUCGGGGGUCUUGGAGCUCGCUAUCGUUGUUUGCGGCCUUUAUGGCGCAGUUGCACUCCUCCUCAAAGGCGUCACCCAGAGGUAUGUUCUCCCCGGCUUUGGGAACCCUCUCUUCAAUGUGCUCCUUCUUGGAUCUGCCAGCCGUGGCUCUUCCAAGAACCCCCGAGAGGAGAAGAAGAAGAACACCAAGUAUGCCGAACCCAUGGCCCUCGGCAACCUGUGCGAGUCCACCGCGGCCUUCAUCUUUGCCUUCUAUGCCUUUGGAUACAUGAGGAGCUUCUACAUCGGGGCCGUGUGGGUCAGCAUCAGCGCCAUUGGGCAGCUUCUGUCCAGCUAUUAUGGGUACCUCCGAGAUGACCCCUACCACACCACCAAGCUGGGCAUUCACAGUCUCUACUGGCUGGUGAUAGCCUGGCAGGAGUUCACGGCCACCAUGUUCCUCCCCCCAGAGGCAGUCCAGCUGAGCCAAGCCGGGAUGGUGGGCAACUGGUUCUUUCUGGCCACUGCUUGGAUCCUACUCUUCCUCUCCUUGGACCGAGAGGUCCUUGAGGUCCUCCACAACUCUCUCUUUGUCCUCCUGAUGGUCUCCACCAUCCAGCAGAUCCCUCUCCACGGAGGCCACAUCUUCUUUGGUGUCAUCUGCAGCCUCUACAUGGCCACCUCCCUCUACACCACAUUUGCCAGCCUUGUCAACUCGAUCGCUGAGAAAGCCUUGAUCCCCAUUGGGGUCCAAGUGAUGCCUACCGUAAAACUUCAGGAGAUGCUGAUGGGCCUCAGGCGCUGCCUGAAGAGGUCAAAGGACCCGCAAGAGGCAGUGGCCUCGGAGCUCCCUGCAGCCUUGUUCUAUGCCUGCAAUGGGCUGGCGGCCUUUUCUGCUAUCCAGGGGACCUUCAAUGAUCCCAACCGGCAGCACCUCAGCAUCCCAUCCAUCUUGAUCCCAGGAGCCAUCUUCCAGCUGUACAUCUGCAGGCUGCAGGUCCAAAAAGGGAGAAGGUUUGGCCCAGUUCUGCCAUUCUGUUAUGCAGCCAUAUGGGCAACGUGGACCUGGCUCCGAUUUGCAGGAACUCUCCUGGAGAUGGACGCAAGGAGCUACGUGGGAUUCACAGCAGGCGCUGCGGCCUUUUUGGUCGUCAAUGUCUUUCUGGUGAUUUUAGCCUCCACUAUCAACCUGGUGCUUCUCUCUCUGACAGUCGUGAUGGAGGUGCUGAUCAUUUGCUUCCUUCUCUUCACUGUGGAAAACCUCCCGGUUGCUCUAGAAAUUGUGAUGCUGACCCUCUUCAGCCUCAUCUGCAUCUAUGGGGCCACAGCAUCCCUUGCCAAUUGCAUCUCAGGAAAAGAGCUCAUCCCGAUGGGACCCUCCCUCCUCAAGGCAGAGAGGGCCAUGGAGAACUCUGCACCUCCUCCUCCUCCCUGUGCCGGCCCUUCUUCCCACCGUACCAGUGGGAUCAGGACCAUCGCUGACCGGUUGAAUGCGGGUGGAGUGUGUGGGGUGCCCACCGACACCGUUUAUGCCUUGGCUGCUUCCUGCAAGCACCCCAAAGCCAUCGAGCUGAUCUACACAAUCAAGGACCGACCCCAGGAGAAGCCCAUCUGCAUCUUCAUCUCCAACCUGGACCAGCUCCGGGAGGCCUCCCCGCCCUUCAGCCCCUUGCUCUGGGACUUCAUGGAGAGCGUUUACCCCGGAGGGGUUGGCUGUAUUGUCCAGAAGGGAGAAUGGCUGAAGAAACUAGGGGUCGGAGCAGGAUAUGACCGCGUGGGCACCAAAGAGAGCAUCAUGAUCCGGGUACCUGACCAGACAAUCACUGUCCAUCUCAUAGACAUGACCGGCCCCUUGGCCAUCACUUCUGCCAAUCCCAGUGGAGAGACCGACAGCACCCACCAUGACAUGGUCAUUGCGCGUCUUGGCCACAAGCUGGAGGGAGUCCUCUGUGAUGGGGAGUCCAAUGAGGUGGUGGCUUCCACCGUGGUCAACUGCACAAAGAUAGAUGAAGCGGGCAUCGCCAUAUUGAGGGAAGGAUGUGUCCCAGCAGCCAAAGUGAUGCAGAUCUUUGAGAAAGUGAAGAACCAAACUGUGUGAGCACUAGAAGAACUGCCAAGAUCCAGAAUUUAUUUAUUUAUUUUCCACAUUUAUAGCCCGACCUUCUCACCCCGACGGGAACCCAGAGUCAGUAGCCUUCUCCUCAGUCAUUUUGGAGAACACUGUCCACCAGGAUUCUUCUGGGUUUUUCAGCCAUGGACUUGAAGAUGACUUUUAUUUUUGACUGAUGGAAAUCCUGACUGUCUAAAAUGACCAGAGGCAGCUCAGGAUACAGCUGAGUUCCACAACUUGGUCACUGUGGCUGAGGAAAACCCUCCGUGAAGUCAACCUCCAUAGCGGAGACCACCCUUGCUCUUCAAAAAGGACUCAAAACAGCCUGAUGUGACACACAAUUAGAGGCGAAGAGCCAUGGUUCAAGGGUAGAGGACACUUCUGGUGUGCAAAGCAUUCCUGAUUCACAUCCUGGUAUUUCCAAACAAGACUGGAAAAGGCCUUCCUUGGAGAGUCCCUACCAGCUGGGGUAGACAAUAUGAGAGAUGCUUCUCCAGAGCUUGGGACAAUACACUAUUCUGACUCUAAAAUGAUACCUUUUGGACUACAGUGAGAGAUUCUGGGUAUUGUAGUCCAAAAAAACACCUUUUCCAAGCUCUGGGUGAAACCAGUGAAGGGACAAGACGUGUCAGUUACUUGUUGACCCACCAAUGAACCACAAUUGACCCAAAAUGGUUUCUACUAUAUCUUUCAUUCAUUCGUUCAUCUUUUCUUUAGUAAAUGAAGUGCAAAAAUGUCGUAAAGAGGCUGAGGAGCAUUUAAUUCAUAACUUCAGCCUGAGAGCUUCCUCCAUAGCAGGGACUUGGGCUGCAUGAGCUUUACAGUCCCUCCUCUUUCCAUGAUCCUAUGACUCUUUUUUUAAAAAAAAUUUACAACAUUUUUACCCCGCCUUUCUCGCCUGAGGGGACUCAAGGCGGCUUACAACACCCAGCAAGAUUUAAUGCCAAAGAAUCAAUAAAAUUAACAACACAUUUGAAACCAUUAACAGUAAUCAGUAAAAAUACAUUAUACAAACAUUAAAAAGCAUUAAAAACAUAUAAAUUACUUAAUUCCAUUCUUCUCUUGACCUCUAAACUUCAAUAUCUGCACCUUUCUACCCAACCCUUCCACAAUAACUUUGAUCAUAUUUGAAAACUCGCUUCUCUGCUUUUUUAUUCAUGGAUAUAUGCUAUCUACAACUAGGAAAAAAAUCCCAAAGCUUAGAGAACCAGGCUGGAAUUGCAAUGAUGCAUUUAACGUUGUGGCUUGUACCUUUAAAUUAAUCUCAGUUUAUAUGUAUGUGUAUGUAUAUAUAUUUAUUACAUGUGUUACCCUAGUGCUUCCUUUGUACAUAUGUUAUUUAUUCACCUGCUUUAUAAUAAAGUGCAUUGGGACGGAAAUAAAAAUGACUCAUGUCUUUCUAUCUAUAGUCUCCUUCCAAUAUAGUGUAGUAUUAAAACCGG